UCGGCAGAGAUCUUGCGUGCAAUAUUUACAUCAUGACACCUGAAAGGUAUAGUGAUUAUGUCUGGCCAAGUCACUUAGUUCGCAAAAAUAUGUAAUCUCCUUCUACUGCCAGGUAUGAUCCGCCCUCUGCAAGAAGAGGUGCGAUCUCGUCUAAGAUCAGGGGUCGCCAUCACCAACUUCACGCAAUGCGUCGAAGAACUUGUUUUGAACAGCUUAGAUGCUGAAGCUACCUGCAUCACAGUUCGGAUAGACAUUCCGAAUUUUAAGAUCCAAGUGUGCGAUAAUGGUAUUGGUAUAACCCACGGAGAUCUGAGAUUUGUUGGAGAGCGAUACUCGAGUAGUAAAUGCCAUGUGCUUGAAGAUUUGGAACAGCUGAGUUUUCAUGGUUUCAGAGGAGAAGCUCUUGCAAGUAUACGAGAGAUUUGCGAUGUGCUAGAAAUAUCCACCCGUCAUCGGUCUUCUCAUCAAACUUACUGCAAAUUGUUUCGAACUUCUCAAGUCCUUGAGCUCAAAGAGUCCCGAUUUCCGAGAACUAUCCGUGGAACAAGUGUAACAGUUCAUGGGCUUUUCUCAAACCUUCCUGUGAGACGUAAAGCUAUCAUGGAAACACUUGACUUUGACCGUGUUCGGCAUAGAAUUGCAUCCAUUGCUCUUAUAAACCCAAAGACUGCAUUCACAUUGAUAAACGAUUCAUCGGGUGUGAAAUGCCUUCGAACGCAUGACUGCAAGUCUGUUGUCUCAGCAUUCUCUCAGCUGUUUGGCAACCAAAGAUCAAAACAUUUGCAACAAGUACAAUUUGAACAGGACAACUUCAAAGUUUCUGGUUUUAUUUCAACCGACACACACCAUAGUAAGUGUCUGCAAUUUUUGUAUAUAAAUAGGCGUUUAAUACUGAAGACAAGACUUCACAAGCUUGUGAAUAGCAUUCUCGCAAAAUCAGAGCAUUUGAAGAGAUUGCCUUUGCCUGAGGAGAAAGAUACUGUCAGAUCAGAGAACCACCAGAGUAAAACAACGAGCCCUCAGAAUACAAAGAUUUUUGAGAAACAUGGUAUAUUUGUUCUAAAUAUUGACUGUCUUGUCACUGAAUAUGAUGUUUGCCUUGAGCCAGCAAAGACAUUGAUUGAAUUUCAGAAUUGGGACAAAGUCCUCAGUUGUGUGGAAAAAUGUAUUGAAGAAUUUCUGGUUGAACAAAACUUGCUCUCCAACCUGGAAGAUUCAGCAACCUCAGAUGUAUCAGAGUCAAAUGAGGAUGGACCUGUUAUGAAAACUUCAUGUUAUGCUAAUCUUGAGGCUUUUGAGUACAAAAGGGAGAUUGAAACCAGCAAUGUUAACAAGAGCUUGCACUCUUCAACUGUUUUGAGGCCAAGGGGAGUUAAAAAAGUUGAAUCACUUCUUGACACUUCUUGUUCAGAGAAUGAAUUUCCUGUCUUUUCUAGCUCUGAUAAAGAAAUUAAAUCCACUGAUGAUAGGAACAAUGGAGAUGAAAGUGAAGAUCAAAUAACUUCAUCAGGAAAUGUUGUUGCUUCAGGUUCAAAUCCUGUUUCAGGACUGGUAAAUACUAACACUUUGGUUACAGCUGCAGACAAUAGUAGCUCUCUCCUCACUAAGGAAAAAUCUUUCUGCGUUUCUUUGACUGGCAGUUCUUUUACAGACAGUGAAUCAGUUCAUGCCCAGAUAAUAAAAAAUGCGGUAAAUGGUGCAGUUGCCAGUCACAAAUUAAUUUUGCCUGCCGACAUAUGUUAUGAAUUAAAUGAUGUGAGAAAUAUUUCCACCAGCAAAGAUGGUUAUAACAGUUUUAGCAACUCAUUUAAAUUGUCAAUCAGGAACACUGCUGGUAGUUUGGAUGCCUGUGAUACAUCAAAUAGCUCCAUGAGGAACACAGUGACUGGCUCAUUGUUAUCUCUUGGAACACUUGGAAAUAAUGAAGGUGUAAAGAGAGAAGUUUAUCUAUCUGAUUCUAAUAGUCCAAAACACAGAGGAAUGUUUGUGCAUUCAACACGCCAAAACAAUCAUCAAUCCUCUGUUGCUUCUACAAAAGGUGAAAGGAAAACUGGUGUAUUGUCAACUUUUACUUCUCCAAGUCCUAUUUUUCUGAAUAGGCAGUGUACCAGGAAGAGAUUGCAAGAAACCAAGGAAGCAUCAGUGGAUGAGUUAGCAUCACCAUCAAAGAAUAGGAAGGUAAUCACCCUGAAAGGAAACUGUAACAGCAGAUUUGUUCUAGACAGGAGAAAAUCAAUGAAUGUCAAGAGAAGUGACUGUGAUGCAGGUGGUGCUCCUGUUAAUGACAAUUGCAAUACUAAGUCAUCAGCAUAUUCUAGCAAUUAUUUUGUCAAAGAAACAAUUGCAAAUGACAGUUUGGAUCAUAAUGCUAUGUGCGGCAUUGAAGUACACAGUGCGGGAAACAAGGCUGGUGUGGCUGUGGUUGCUGAAGAGACCUGUGGCUCAGGUGAUUCUUCAUAUCUCAGAAAAUAUUAUUCAGAUAAAACCACAGAUCAGAUUUGUGUAUCAAAAUUUCCUACUAGGAAAGAUACCUCUGCAGUACUUGGUUGUUUUGAAAAUGAAUUGUAUUCUGAGCAAGUUGAUAAAGGCAGAUACAUAGAAAAAUCUCCCAAAGACACCAACAGCCAUCAAAGAGGGAAUCCUGGAAAGACUGAAUUGCUUCCAAUGAAAGGCAAAUCUAGUCACCAGUCAUUGACAUCAGAAUCUAACAUGAAUCCUGAUACAAUUGAAAUCCACACAGGAAUGUUAGGUUCUUCAAACAAGGAUUGGUUUUGUACAUUUGAUGCAUCUUUGGGAAGAAAAUUGUUCAUCAACAGUCGAACUGGACACUCUUCCUUUGAAGCACCAAAUGAAUUCAGUAUUAAAGAUGAUGACUGUUCAGUGUUAAGUGAAACUGAAUUUUGUGGGAAAGAAGAGGACCGUAGACAGCAUGUGCCACACCCGUGUGCCUCUCACUUGUCCUUUUUGUGUACCCCUUGGCUUCCACGGGAGGAUAGGAAACAGGAACCUGCCACAGGAAUGGGUGAUUCUCACUUGGCCUUUUUAUACAAGAAACACUUGGAAGAACAAGAAGCAGAAGAGAAGCUCUGUAAGUGGACUGAUGCAGGUGCCCUGCAAGCUUAUGAACAAGACCUACUUAACAAUGGAGGAAAAACUGUGACACAGCUGCUUGACAAUUGGAAAAAUCCUGUAUUUGCUGCUCCAGAAAAGGAUAUACUUAUGGUCAACAAACCAGGCUUGGAUAAAUCGCAGAUCUCAGUGCAUAAUGUGGCUCAUCCGUACCGUUUCACAAAAGAGAUGUUGACCAGCAUGAGGGUGUUGCGACAACUGGAUGAGAAAUUUAUCGUGGGAGUUGUAUCACAUGAAGAGGGAGCUGAUGGCUUACUCGUCCUGGUAGAUCAACACGCUGCGCAUGAGCGAGUUCGAUUAGAACGUCUUCAAUCAGAACUCUUUGGAGAUGGCAGUGACACAAAAACUGGAGGAAAACCCAGGAUCAAGUCCUCAACAGUCUCACCUCCUCUGAAACUAUUUUUUUCUCAAGAGGAAAUUUGGCUCUUGAAAGCUUCUCAAGCUGAAAUAGAACGUAUUGGGAUACGUUUUCUGAUAAGCCAAUCAUCAGAAUCCUCUGAGGACGUAUCAGUCCUUGUGGAUAGCGUACCGUCUGUUUUUGUCGAACGAGAGUUUUCUGAAGUCAAGCGUGGAAGACCUUCAGUUGCUGUCGAUAAUGUGAAGGGGCUGAUCAGAGAACAUCUUGAACAAUUUUCAAGGACACGCGGAGUACCUCCUGUUAUUCCCAAGGCUAUUUCUGAUGUGAUCAGCUCCCAGGCUUGCCAUGGUGCUGUUAAGUUUGGGGAGCCUCUUGGCACAGCUGAGUGUCAGGAACUAAUCCAUAGUCUGUCUAAGUGUCAGUUACCUUUUCAAUGUGCACAUGGCAGGCCAUCUGUUAUACCACUGGUUGACUUCAAGUUUGUAGAAAAGAAAAUGAACCCCAAGGCAAGUAAAAGAACACCACCAACAAUUUUAUCUUAUAACUUUGUUUUUAGAUGGGAGUUGUGCAGACAAAUGUCAUUGUCAAGCGGAACGUGUCGUACUUAGUUGAUUCACAAUUUUUUUACAACUCCUAAGCCAAAUUAUCUAUGGCUGAGACCAAGAGACAAAGGGAAUCGAGAAUCAACUUCAGUGAAGUUUGCAACCAGAAUUGAUAUUGGUAUUAGGACCGAGUGGAGUCCAAUUAUGUCUAUAAUCAUAAGAGUGAUAAACAAAAUUGAACGACCGCGAAGCGGGAGUCUGAUUUGUUAAUCACGAGUUUGAUUACAUACAGAAUUGGACGACACAAAGUCCUGUUACCAAUCAAUCAUAACUGUUACAAUAUCCGAAAACAGCAAAUGCAUUUAGGACAAAUAGGUCCAGUAGAGGCAAUGCCUAAGUGAAAAAUUCCUCAACUUUGGAAAAUCUACAAUUUUUUCAGGAUAAGUGGUUGU